AUGGAUCUCGUGUUCGGCGGUGCACCACCACUCUACCGACAGCCCCAAACAUUGGAUAGCAGUGCCGGGAUCCUGAAUGCACUGGAGAAGCGUGUGGAAAAUUUGUAUAUUAACUCGGAGGCUGGCUUCGGAUGGAACCUGCCAUGCAUGGUCUCCUCCAAAAUGAACGUCAACCGCAAUACGCAAUACGGCAAGAUGAUCGAGAUUGAGACGGUCACGCCAGUCUCCUGCUCGAUACAAGAAGCAUCCACAAUUUUGUGGAAGGAUCUCAAAACUGUGCACGAAAUCCCGGACAAGCGCUACCGUUAUCUCCGUGGAAGCAAACCGGAUUCGCUUGAAAAGAAUUUCGUCAUGAAAUUACGUGGGCAGCGCCAUGACAUUGAGAUCAACGGAACUCACUUUUCUCGCAAAUUUGAGGAGGCCCGACGCAUCGUUAUUGCUAAGGCCGACUUGGUUGUUUUGCCGACUCAAGGGCUUCAGUUCAGGUCACCAUCGUGGACAACCAUUACAGCUUCUGAAGCCGACCCGCAGAACGCAUCAGUUGUGCGGAGCUAUUUGCGCAUUUAUGCAGAGGUUCAACCAAAUCUGGCAGCUCGUCUAGACGAUGUCGAGUGCACGAGAGACUUUAUUUUAAGCGGCCUUAGCAAAAUGAUGUACGGCUGUGCACAGAAGACACAAAGCGAGCUUCUUCAGCAAGCGCUGGUCAUUUAGAUUGCGAAUCGUGUCGAUAUGACUAAUUCAGGAUGUUGCCCC